AUGUGGACCUCUCAUGAUACUGUUGGAUUUGUUUUCUUAGCCGGGUUUUGUGUGCAAAUCGGAUUCUCCUUUGAAGGUCGCUUCACGGAUCUGCCCUCCAACAUGACGGUUAAAGAAGGACAAAACAUAGAAAUGGCGUGUGCUUUCCAGAGCGGUACCGCGUCGGUGUAUUUGGAGAUCCAGUGGUGGUUCGUGAAAGAGCCGGAACCCACUGACAGCGAGGAGGAGGUCGAUGUUGAAGAGAUGGAGAUGAUACCAGAGCCUGAUCCUGAUGACGAGGGGACAAAAAUUAGUACAGUGAAAGUCCAGGGCAACGACAUCUCACACAAGCUGCAAAUCUCAAGAGUCGGCAAGAGUGACGAAGGACUGUACGAGUGCCGGGUGACACGAGCUAACUACGGAGAGAUUGUGGAGUACAAAGCCCAAGCCUGGCUGAAGGUUAAUGCCACGGCCAGGCCUCGACGACCACUGCUGCCUCCCAAGAAAAGCUCCCCGCUGCACCUGACAGACAAGAAGCCAAGAAAGUCCAACUCCCCUCUGGGCCAGGACAGCAUGAGUUCAGACCAGAGAGUGGCCUCCACCUCCACCUCUCACACAUCCUCCAAUACAGCUAAACACAACCCCAGCUCAGGUAAGGCCCUGGGGGAAGGUUACUUAAUGAGGGCACAGUGGAAGACAAAAAGAACUGUAGUCAGAGUUUUACUACCAGCAUAUAGCCUGGUCUGCAAUGUUCCUGAUGUGUUUGACACGCAGCCUAAGCCACCUUCUCUGAGUGGCACCGAGGUGUUACGGCUGAGGGCGACAGAGUUCUAUUACAGCCGCGCUAAGCAGCAGCAGCAGCAGGAACCAAGUGUCCACAGCUACUCCCCACCAGGGUGUCAGAUGCUGUUAGAUCACAGCUCGGCCAUCAUUCCUGGCAGUGUUGUUUUCUCAAGGCACAGAGGUGACUAG